UUUUGUUUUUAUUAUUGUUUCUUUAUAACGGUGAAAGAAGUUCACGGUCGGGGCUGCCUUGGAUUUAAUGAUGCCGUGUUGUCUUAGAUUUGGAAUAACAUUGCUGUUAGCAGUGUUAGUCACUGAAGUUUGGACGCAGAACCCCCCUCUAGGCUCGGUGAGGACAGAAUGUCAAGGGAGUGUUAUGAUGAUGAUGUUGGAUAAGUCUUUUGUUGGAAAGUAUUUUCGCAUCAAUGUGAUUGACAAUAAGGGGACGCUUGUGUCCCUCUCUCCAAGACUGGCUGCACAGUGUGGAUAUAGCUUAACUGUUGACUUCUUGGGAAAUGCCAAGUUCCUUGCUUCUGUGCUGAGCUGCUUUGCUCAGAACACAAAUGAUGAGACCUACAAGCUGACAGUACAAAUCAGUGUCUUCUCAAACAGUGCUAUGACUUCAGCUUCCUCCUAUGUUCAGAGCAUGACAUGCCGCUAUUCUCCAUGGGCAGAGAGGGAGAUUCUGUGUGAAAGAAACUACAUGGAGGUUUCUGUGAGAAGAGGGGUGCCACUUAUUGAGCCAAACUUUGUUCAAGAUGAUCCUGAUUGGUCCCUUGCGUACCCAGAGGCAACUGCUGCUGACAACAGCAUCUGGAAAAUUGUGUUCCAUCUCCCAGCAAAUAGAAAGACAACCAUGACUGUUGCUCAGGGCAUGACAAAUGGCUAUGGCAUAAACACUACACCAACUCGAAUUCUGGUUAGAGCUGCAUACAACUCCACAGAAAGCCAGCCU